CAAAUAAACACUGACGUCAUCUAGCACAAUGGCCGCCAACGGCACAGCUGUGACGGUGCUGACUCCAAAUGGAAGACGACAGACAGUCAAAGUGCUUCCGAACACACCGUUAUUGCAGGUGCUGGAAGACGUAUGCAAAAAGCACGGAUUCGACCCCGACAGUUACGGUUUGAAGUUUCAGAGGACUGUUCUGGACCUAACGCUGCAGUGGAGGUUUGCUAACUUGCCCAACAAUGCCAAGUUGGAAGUGGUGCCAAGUACAAGGAACCAGACACUACCUGAUAGUCAGGUGCGGAUCGCGCUGCAGAUGGAGGACGGCUCCCGUCUCCAGAGUUGUUUUUCUUGCGGGCAGAGUCUUUGGGAAGUGCUGACUCAUUUUCCUCAGAUCAGUGUGUCAGAGCUAUCCCAGGCUGGCUCCACCCCCGUGUGUGUUUACAUGCGGGAUGAGGUGUGUGGGGAAGAGGCCCUCAAGAAGGCCACUCUGAAAUCAUUGGGCCUCACUGGAGGAAGUGCCAUUGUCAGGUUUUUGUUGAAAAAGAAGAAAGCCCAAGAAGAGGAAGAUGGCAUGGAUACAACUGGACCCGCCGCUGAUGAAUACCCAGCUGGCUCACCCGCUCAGCCUGCUCCAUCACGUUCACCAAGCUCAGCAUCCCACGUGAAAGCUAAGAACGCCAACCCAUCUCUGCCAAAGGAAAUUGUUCCUGCUCCCUGUCCUGUUUCUGCCACGAGUACACUUCCUGUUCAAGAAGAUAGUGUAGCCAAAGUCCAGCUUGUGGCUCAACCAGAAGGAAGAGGACUGCCAGAGGAUGAUGGCGAGGAAGCAGGACCGUCAAAGAUCAUCCCCCGAUCACCUGCGCCAUUCAUUCCUUUUUCUGGAGGUGGUCAGCGCCUUGGCGGUACAGGAGGAAGUGCAGUCAGACCCUCCUCUUCUUUAUCGUUUUCAUCGCUGUCGUCUGCAGUAGAAUCACCCAAAGCCAAGAAAGCCAAGCCUUCCAACAGUUCUUCCGCCAAGCAGCAUGGACCCACUGCCAACAAGCCAAGUGAGGACAUCGAUGAAUCAGUGACGUUCUUACAGCCGGUGGAGAGAGAGCCCCUCAUCUACCAUAUGGAAUCUCGAUCCCGUAACGCAAAAGACGAUGUCGAGUUGCCGGAUGAGUUUUUUGAAGUGACGGUGGAUGAUGUACGCAAGCGCUUUGCCCAGCUGAAGAGUGAGAGGAAAUUGUUGGAGGAGGCGCCCCUGAUGACUAAAACCCUUCGAGAAACUCAGAUGAAGGAGAAGAUGGACAGAUACCCCAAAGUGGUCCUAAGGGUAGAGUUUCCAGAUCGACACGUUCUCCAGGGCUUCUUCCGCCCCCUUGAGACAGUUGGGGCUUUGGUGCAUUUUGUCAGGAGCCACUUGGAGGAUCCACAGCUCACUUUUUACCUGUUCAUCACCCCUCCGAAGAGAAUUCUGGAGGAUCUCAGUGUCACACUUUUCCAGGCUGACCUGUUUCCUGGUGCGCUGGUGUACUUCGGCUGUGACGUGAAGACAGACCUCUACUUGAAGAAGGAACUCCUCAGCUCUUCUGUCUCGGCUUUACAAGCAAAUGAAUCCAUUGCAAGCUGCAUACUCCAGCCAACAGAACAUUCCUCCAGCUCUUCGGCCGCUGAAGACGGGCGACCGCCUCCUCUCGAGCCAUCACCUGACACCAGCGCAUCCACAGAGGACGAUGAAAACCUGUCCGCAAACAUCCCCCGGGCCGCUAAGACCAACAGAUCUGAUGUGGGCAAGGUGCCCAAAUGGCUAAAGCUUCCAGGUAAAAAAUAAGAGGGCAGCCACCAAAUGUGUGCACACCAGGACUCAGCGUGGAAGAUGGCUGCCACGUUGGACUGCGUGAGGUAAAGACUCGCUGAGUGAAGAAGUUAUAUUUCAUUGAUGACCAGACAGAAAGACUGCUGAUGGGGGGGUUCAACACAGCUUCAAAAUAAAUAUUGCUGUUCAAACAAGUGAAUUUGGAAGUUUCAAAAGUGCCAUUUUGUGAGUGUGGUGUUUAUGAAGUUUGGCUGUCAAACGCUCUCAUUCUUAUGUUCUUCCCCACACUUCCAUGCAGUUUAGGACUUCAAUGACCAUUUACUACUUCCUCAGCUGGAAUGGGCAUUCCCAGCCAUGUGCUGCCCCCUGUUGGUUUACAAUUGUUACCAGAUACAAGUGUGGUGCACCAGAGGCGUCACUAGGUUUAAGGACAGGUGAGGCUUGGCCCCCAGGAGAUUUCAGCUGACUAAGAAUUAGAAAUCAUUCAUUACAGUACAGUACCUGUUUGAACGAGGGAUGGCCCGAUCUGAGGAUCGGGAUCUGCUGGUGAUCCGCUGUAUUUUGAAGAUCGGAUUAUAUCUGGUUCCGCCACGAGAUGGGGCCGAUCCGGUUGCCGUAUAACGUUCGUAACACUGAGUCACACUCCAACACGGUAGGUGCGGUAAUGUGCCUCAAAGCUGGUUGCCACUCGACUCCCGCCACCCGCAAGAGGAAGAAAACGUAACACCACCAUACAGACAUAUCCGCGCUGUACCGUGGUGACAUUAGUUUCACGUUGGACGUCGGAUAUCCAGCGCUGUAGCUACAGCGGUCAUUCCCCCUUACUGUGCCCGGACUGCUGUGUCAUGGUGCGGGGAGCUCACACGGGAAGUGCUGCUGUAACCGCUGCUUUCGAGAGUUUGUUUAAAUUUUUUUUUUUUUUUUAAUAGUCAUAUUCUAAAUUGCAUGACAAAUUAAUCUAUAACCAUAUCAAGUGAUUAGUCCUACCCUAAAAGUACUUUGCACACCCAUUUUUUCCAAUUGUAUCUUUUAUUGGAUGAGGGACCUUACUCUGAGGUUUGUUACAAAAACCAAACAAUAUUGUUGGUCAUGCUGUGUAAUUCGGCAAUACUUUGGUUGCAUUAUUUUUGCAGAGCUAUUUU